AUGCACGCGGUACCCGAGCGGGUGCUGGCGAGGCAGGUGCCGCGUGGGGCUGGUAGCCUCACCGAGGGCAUUCCCGGCCUGAAGCACGCUUGCUUAUGGCCUUUGGAGAUCCUGAGGCUGGUUUAUAAAUGGUUUCUACUAAUAUACAAGAUCAGCUAUGCCACUGGAAUCGUAGGGUACAUGGCUGUGAUGUUCACACUUUUUGGUCUUAACUUAUUAUUCAGAAUCAAACCAGAAGACGCGAUGGACUUUGGCAUCUCCCUCCUCUUCUACGGACUUUACUACGGGGUGCUGGAGCGGGACUUUGCCGAGAUGUGUGCGGAUUACAUGGCCUCGACGAUCGGG